AUGGCUUUUUUGUUUAAAUCCAAGAAAAAUCAACCAGGGACUACGCUCCCUCCCGCGACAAGGAACCUCCAUACAUCCGAAGGCGCCCCAUCCGCUGGUGGUCCUCCUCCAAUGACCAACGGAAUCAAAGAAGGCAAUGCCUUUGCGCAGCAGACACCUACACCGAGUAGUAGCUACAACAACUCGCUCAAUUCGGCCGCUAGUCCAACUAGUCCGGAUCCCGUCAGAAUGCGACAACGGGCUGAAUCGGAAUCCCAGGUCCAGCGACCCCAGCAGCCUUCUAAUGGCGUAUCUCCGACGAGUCCGAACUCCUCCCUCUACCCAUGGUCGCAACGACGCCUCAACUUUUCCUCUCCGCAAAUGAACCCUUUCCCCCGAUACGGAGCCGCAAUCAAUGCCGUAGCAUCGAAAGAAGGCGACAUCUACAUGAUGGGCGGUCUGAUCGACGGUUCGACGGUCAAGGGUGAUUUGUGGAUGAUUGAAAGCAGCGGUGGCAGUCUAUCCUGUUUCCAAAUUGCGACGGUUUCAGAGGGCCCAGGGCCGCGAGUUGGCCAUGCUAGUUUAUUAGUAGGCAAUGCGUUCAUUGUGUUUGGUGGUGAUACCAAGAUCAACGAGACGGAUGCUUUGGAUGACACACUUUAUCUUUUGAACACUUCUUCUCGACAAUGGUCUCGUGCGAUUCCUCCCGGUCCCCGUCCGUCUGGCCGAUAUGGCCAUACACUCAACAUUCUUGGCUCUAAGCUCUACGUUUUCGGUGGUCAAGUGGAGGGCUUCUUCUUUAAUGACUUGGUGGCAUUCGACCUGAACCAACUGCAGAACCCCACAAACAAGUGGGAGCUGCUUGUUCAGAACAGCCACGAAGGUGGACCCCCAGAGGGUGAAAUUCCCCCCGCUAGAACCAAUCACACCCUUGUCAGCCACAAUGACAAACUAUACUUGUUCGGAGGAACAAAUGGUGUCAAGUGGUUCAACGACGUUUGGACCUUUGACCCUCGUAACAAUUCCUGGACCGAGCUAGACUGCGUUGGUUUCAUUCCGACUCCCAGAGAGGGUCAUGCCGCCGCCCUCGUCAACGAUGUGAUGUAUGUAUUUGGUGGACGUACCGACGAGGGAAUGGAUCUUGGAGAUCUAUCUGCAUUCCGCAUCACCACUCGCCGCUGGUACUCGUUCCAGAACAUGGGACCUGCGCCGUCUCCUCGAUCUGGACACAGUAUGACUGCUUUUGGCAAGCAGAUCAUUGUGAUGGCCGGAGAGCCAAGUUCGGCCCCGAGAGAUCCCGCAGAACUUAGCAUGGCGUAUAUUCUCGACACAGGCAAGAUCCGAUACCCUAAUGAUUCGCAGUCGAGUGACCGCGCCGUAGUCCCGGCCGGCAGAAAGAUAAGCAGCGACAAGCAAGGCCCAUCGUCCGGACGUACAUCCCGCGAGGCUCAAAACGCAACUCCGGACCAACUGCGUCGGGGACCGACACCCUCUCGUGAGAGCAUCAUUCAAGCCGCGGGUGCGAAGCCUGGAGAGCUCGGGUCAAACCCCAACCUCGGCCCCGGAUCCCGACUACCAAGAGCUUCUAUUGCACAGGCGCCCUCUGGGCCACCACCCCCUGGUCAAGCCCCAUCUCCGGGUCCCCGGACUAAUGGACCCCAACAACCCGCAAUCAACCCUCGCAGCAAGACCCCCACCAAGAAUGAUCGUGGGUUUACGCCAACCGUAGAUGUCCGCGCAGCGAAUGCCGAUCGGAAUGUUGAGUCUCCCGUGGCCAAAGAUAUGCACGAGAGCUCGGGCUCUUCCGGUCAACGGACCCCAACCCAGCAGCCACAAAAGAUUACCGCGAAGGCAAUGGAGGCUGGAGAGGCCGCUCCGAUGAUGACACCUGCUCGUCAACGGUCAUUGCGUCAACACCGGCAGCGGGGCUCAAUGGAUAGCGCGGAGGAGUCUGUGCUCGGCCGACAAGCUGCCAGCAUUGAUGGUUCUAUUGAGUCUCGUAGCUUCCGCAACUCUAAGACCCUUGGUGAUGAGCCCCGGUCGCCCAGGCUGACUCCUCACCAGGAGGCUUUGAUCAAGGAGCUGGAGGCAGCCAAGGCUCGCAAUGCGUGGUACGCAUCUGAGCUUUCCUUGGCGAGAAAGGCUGGCUACGUCCCCAAUGCGGCUAGCAGCCCUGCUAUCGACGAUCGCAUUAAUGAGUCCCUCAAUGAUGAGGAUCGUCCUCUCGUGGAAGCAUUCCUUGCCAUGAGGGCCGAACUGGCGAAGAUGCAGGCUACUGUGGACCGCCAAGCUGCCAUCGCCUCCAAGCGGAUCGCGGAAGUCGAACAUCAACGCGACGUCGCGGUCAGUGAGGCGGCCUACUCGAGAACCAGACUUGCUGCCCACGGUGGUAGUCAGCGAGGCACUCCUCAACCCGAAGGUCCACGCGAUGGAGAGGAUGAGCGCCCAACCGACAUGGGUCGCCGACUCGCAUUAGCCUUGGCCUCUCAGUCGGAGCUGAAGGCUAAGCUGGAAGCGAUGACCACCGACCUUCAGCAAGAAAAGCAAGCCAAGGAGCUUGCGGAGGACACCAUUGAGGCCACUCGCAAGCGUCUUGCAGAGCUGGAGAUGUCGAACAGCGCACUAGAGGCCGAGAAUCUGCGGGCCGAGCUGCACAAAGCCGAAGCUACCGCCAGAGAAGAAGCCCUGCUGCGCUCGGAAGCCGAGGCUUCCUUGAAACAGCUUAUCAUCGACAAGGAGGAGCUUCUAAAACAUGCAGAAGACUCUUCUGGACGUCUCAAGGACUUCAAUAGUAACUUUGAUGGCUUGCGGGAGGCCGUUGCGGCUUCUGCUGCAAAGACUGCCAUUGUUGAGAAGCAGCUGCAUGAAGAGCGAGAACGCCGUGAAGGUCUGGAGCGUAAACUCCUCCAGCUUCGCUCCGAACAUGAAGAGCGAACCACCGAGUUGGACAACACUACUCGGCGCCUACGGGAUGCUGAGGAAUUGGCUGAGAUUCAUGCCAAGGAGGCCGAGACGCAUAAGCUGGCUUUCGUUUCUGGCCUCGAGCGUGCCUCAUCGGUUGACUUGGAGACCUCGAUCAAAUCUCGUGCUGACCAACGCGUUGCAGCUCUGGAGGCCCAGGUUGAACGAUCAACCACCCUGGCCAAGGCUAAUCAGGCUGCUGCCGAUGCUGCCGCCGAAAAGUUGCGUCGGGCCGAAGAGAGAAUCGCUGGACUGGAGGCCUAUCAGGAGCAGGCCAGCCGCGAGGGACUGCAGCUUCGGAGACAGCUUCAGACUGCUAUGAAGGAGAGUCAGGCGGCCACCGUGGAAAGCCGGGACUUGAAGUCUCAGCUUGAGACCCAUCAGCGGGAUGCGAAUGCUUUGAACAUUCAGCACGCUGCCCUGAAGGAUCUCCUCGGCGAACGUGGCGUGAGCGCUGAUAGUCGGCGGUCCCCUCGUCUUGAGUCACCAGGCUCUCGCUUCGGUACCCCGGAGCAGAGCCGGCUUCGCGAGCUUGAGCAGCAGCUAUCAACCAGCUUGAAGGCUCACGAUGACCUCAAGAACUCCUUUGAAGUCCGGGAGCAGGAAGCCGAUCGCGCGUUCCGGGAGAAGCUGGAACAGCUAGAGAAUGAUUACCAGUCAGCGGUACACUACGUGAAGGGUACUGAAAAGAUGCUGAAGCGCAUGAAGGAUGAGCUCGGCCGGUAUAAGACCCAAAACGCCAAAUUGCAGUCUGAACUUGAGACUUCUCAGAGAAGUCUAGAGAGUGGAGGCAACCAGUCGGAGGCGGCUGCUGCUGACUGGGAGAACGAGCGUGCUCGACUCCAAAAAUCCAUCUCUGAAUUGGAAUCUCAUACCUCUUCGUCCCUCGAGAGCCUAGAGGCCCAGAUCUCGGAAAUGAAGGAGCAGCUCGCCGCAGCCGAAGUUGAGAAAGAAAAGGCGCAGGCUGAGCAUGAGCGCUCCCAGCGAGAGCUCCUUGCAGCUGCUGACCGUAGCCGUGCCGAAUUGGAGCAGCUCAAGAAGGAGAACCUCCACCUUGAGACUCGUGCCACGGAUGCGGAACAGAAGGUCAACAUGCUCUUGGUGCAGGUUGAGACUUCCGUCGGCCACUACCGCCGUCAGUCUCAGCACGGCGGCCAGGGACCCAACGGCAUCUCUCGCUCUCACAGCAACGCGUCCAGCAACACCAUCAGUGGGCGACCCCGUGCCGACAGCAGUGUCUCCCAAGACUCGACCACCUUCCCAGACAACCGUGGUUCUAUGGCCUUGGACUCGCUUGCCAAUGAGUUGGAGGCCCUACGUACCCACUGGGAAAGCACCAACCGCAACUAUCGCUUGAGCAGCCAGCUGGAUCUGGAGCGGACUCCGACCAAGGAGAACAGCGAUGGCCCUGCUUUGAUGAGUGAUAGCUUGGCGGAGUGGCGGAGGCGACUAGAUGAGGAAGAACGGGCUGGAGGUAACAAGGGCAAGCCCGAGAUUGCUUCCAACGUGAUCUAA